AUGAUAAGUAAAUUGGAAAUAUUUCCAAAUGAAAUCUUUAUAAAUGUCUUUUCCUAUUUAUCAUGGGAUGAACUCUUAAUAUCAUUAUGGUUAUUAAAUAAACGUAUUAAUUCUCUUAUUUGUUUUAUAUUUUCAAUGAAGAAAAAUGGAAUUGUUUUAAAUGAUUUAAGUUUAACUUAUAAAAAAUUUUCUAAAAUAUUAUUACCAUUAAUAUUAAAUUCAUCAUCACUUUCUUCUAAUAUAAAAUAUAUUUAUGUUAAUGGAAUUAAUUCAAUUUCUUUUGAUUUUAUUUAUCAAAAGAUUUUUUAUGAUGAUAAUAAUAAUAAUAAUAAACAAAAAAUUCCUUUUCCUAAUCUUAAGUCUCUUUAUAUAACUCAAUGUUUAUUAUCUGAACGAUUACUAGAAACAUUAUCUUUUCUUAUUCAAUAUAAAUUAAAUCAGCUUACAUUAACUUUUCAUAAAGAAGCUUACGUGAAUUUUGAUUAUGGAAAAGGACUUCCAACAAUCAUUUCUAAUAGAGGUAAACAACAAAUAUUUUCUAAACUAAAGAAGAUUUAA